GAUUCAAAAUGAAGAAAAGUAAUCCAAAUGUAAUGAGUUACAUGCAAUUGAGAAAGUAAGUGAAAUGUUUAGCCUGCUGUUGUAGGCUAACUUGCUCCAUUUCUAAAGAGAUCUCCUCAACACUGAAAUGUGUAUUGACAUCCCUGAAGAUGAUUAGCGAGGAAUGGGAGGCGUAUAUGUCCGCCGUGUGUGUCUGUGGGCUCCCCUUCCCCCUCCCAUGCUUGGCUGGCUGGCUUCUUCUCCUCCUCCUCCUCCUCCCUCCCUGGCUGACUCAACUGAGUGGCUGUGCUGAGCGGGGCUGGCGGCUCCACAGCAGCAGCAGCAGCAGCCGCCGCCGCAGCAGCGAGCGAGAGAGAAAGAGAGAGAGAGAGAGAGAGAGAGGAGAGGAGAGGAGAGGAGAGGAGAGAGACGACGACGACUUCACUUUUUUGAAGCCGUGGCAUGAAUGAGCUCAUCGGAACCUUCUGCUCCGCUCUCACCGCCGUCGAUCCUAUGUGCGAGACCGGAAUAAAAUAAGAGCAAGGAGUCUUGCCUCUCAGGGUGGCCUAAAAAUGGGCAGCAAUGGCGCUGAGCAAAAUACAAACGUACUAGAAGCGUUGCGGCCCGGGACCACGCUGCUAUGCUAAUGCCUGUGCCUGCCGACAGGAAAGACAGACGACAUGUUUCCAAAGGGCACCAAGCGCAAGUUCCUCGACUCGGCGGAGGAGGCGGCGACGGCGAGCGGUCCGGGCGAGCGGGGCCCGGCGAGCGCUCGGACACCGUCGCCUUCGUACAGCCUCCAGCGCCAGUCUCUCCUGGACAUGUCGCUGAUUAAACUUCAGCUGUGCCACAUGCUGGUGGAGCCCAACCUGUGCCGCUCGGUGCUCAUCGCCAACACGGUACGACAAAUCCAGGAGGAGAUGACGCAGGACGGCACCUGGCAGCUCAUGACGCAGGCGCUCGCCGCCGCCCAGUGCCCCGCGGACCGCCUGGUGGCCACCGAGGUGCUGUGCCGGCAGUCGGACCCGGCGGCGGCGGUGGCGGCCGGUCAGAGCCCCAAGCCGUACCCUCUGGCGGGUGGCCUGGACGAGGGCUACCACUCGGAAGAGGUGGUGAUGGAAGCGGGGGACGCCCCCAAGGAGGUCGUGUCCACGCAGUCCUACAUGGCGGGCCCCUUCGGGAUGGGCCCCUGCUGGGAGGAGCGCGAGGAGGACGGCGAGGAGGAGGAGGAGGAGGAGGACGGCGAGGAGUCGGAGGGCGAGGACGCCGACGAACGUCCCGAGGCGGACUCCGGGCCGGGGGAGCAGGUUUUCGGCACCUUUGAGAUCAAGCAGCCACCGCCCCCGCCCCCGCCGGACCCGGCACUGGAGGAGCUGUUCUCGGACGUGGACCCGUCCUACUACGAGCUGGACACGGUGCUGACGGGCAUGCAGAGCGCCCCCAAGAUGGGACCUUACGACCUGCUGGAGAGCCUGUCCUCCCACGGGCCGCCGCCCCUCAGCCCCGGCGCCAGCUGCCGGUCGGACCUGAACGAACUGGACCACAUCAUGGAGAUCAUCGUGGGCUCCUGAAGCUCGGUGCCGCCGUGGACUUGCUGAAUGUGCUUUUGUUACACAGCCAGAUUUGGGGAGGGUGUGAAAUUAACUGCGAGCCAAAAUUGAUUUUUAGGAUCGGCAGCUCCCGUUGGGAACUUUUUUUACCCCCUUUUCGUUUGUUUUUACUCAUACAGUAUAUUCCGAACUUGGAGGAGACGACGUUCACAAGUAGGGUUGCAAAGGGAUGGAAACUUCCCUGCAAAUUUACAGAAAUUUUAGCGAAAGAAAGUCAAGUUGGAAACUUUCGUGGGAAUUGAAUGGAAAGGUAUCACAGUCAAGCAUAAAUAGAGCCUAAGGGUGGGUGAGUACCCAUAACGGGUAUUGGUACUUGGCCGAUACGGGCCUUAUUUCAAGGUAUCGGGUACCCGUGAAGGCCGCCGAUACCGGAGGCAAAAAAAAAAUAAUCUGACACCGAGUAAGCCCUCCUCGCCAGUAGUUGGCGCUACACUGCGGCUGUAUGACACACCGGCGAAUCAUCGUGUGUGUCAGAAAGAAAGAACGAGGUCUUUGUUGACAAUUAUGUUAUUGUGUUAAUUGAAAUUUUAUGCAUCAAAAGUACUCGUGGUAUCUGCGAGUACUCAAGCGUAACUACUCAUACUGGUAUCCUUCUGAAAAAGGGGAAUCAAACAUGACUAAUAAUUAACAAUGUAAAAGAAAUGUGGAAGAAAACCCACCAUUAAACGGGGAAUAGGUCCCCCCCCCCCCCCCCAAAUGUCAAACCGCGAAUAUGUGGCAUUCCACUGUAUGCCCAAAAUAUAUUUUCCGCAGCUAUGUUUAGGUUCCCUAUUAAGAGCUAACCUUCAAUUUUGCAAGUUCCUGUUGUUUUGCCCCAUUAAUUCCCAUGGAACGUUUCCAACUUUUUCCAAUUCCUGGAAUUUUGCGCCUCGAUUCCCAAGCACUCAAUUUGUUCCUUUGUGUUCUUUCCAUGUUUACGUCCAUUGCGCUAGCUCCCGAUGGCUUUUUGUGGCAAGUGUUCACACUACAACGACAUAAACGACAGCAAUCCACAACAAACAUCCAGAUCUAACAAUCCAUGCGUAUUUUCCUAAAGAUUUGAGCAAUUAUGAAUGGAAUAUGUAUAUGUACGUAUAUGUAAAUAGAAAUAUAUUUUUUUGCAUUAUACAGUUGUGGGGGGUGGGGGGGGCGGGGUAUUUUUUGCAAGUAUCAUUUGAUAUUCCUAUUAUAAAUUUUAUUUUCUGAGAUGUUAACGUAGCCACAUUUGAGACUCGUGUCUUCCCGGUUGUCACUUUUUUUUUUGUUUUUUUGUUUUUUUGGUCGGCGCCGUUUUAACUUCACUUGCUCCAAAGUUUUUUUCGUUGACUUUUUUUUUUUCUAGCCCAGGGAAGCAAAACCAUACCUUUCUAUCCAGCUCAUCCAGAAGAAGCCAUAUUGCUAAUUUAUUCUUCUUUUUUUAAUUUAUUGUAUUUAUUCUGUCUGUAGGUACAUCCGAGCCACACACGUCAAGCAUUCGGUCCGAAUGAAAGUUUGUCACUUAUGGUUUUUUGGAGUGCAGUACCUAUUUAUUAUUCUUUUUUUUGUUUUGUUUUUGUUUUGUUUGAAUAAUCCCAAGAACCGGGUCACAAUUACAAUCACUAUGCAGCUCCGUCACACGCGUUACAAAAAAUGAUUGUAAACGACUCCAAUGUCCUUUAAAGUCCUUUUAUGCAAACAGUUGCCUUUCUGCAAAAUGGACGCUCACGGCGGCGGUGAAGAAAAAGAAAAAGAGGAGGAGGCGAGAGCGGCGGAGAACUCAGGCAAUGUAAACGUAUUCACACACACACACACACACGCACACACACACACACACAAACCAGUUCAGUAUUACACACACACGCACACACACACACACACACACACCUGAAGGAUGUCACUCACGCUGUUUGCAAUGGGAGCUAGAACUUCAAAGACUUAUUAAUACCGUUGUCAAAAAUGUAUGCAUUUUUUUAUAUCCAGACAAAAAAAAAACUUGUAGCGUCUUUGUAAAUAUUUUUUUAUAAUAAAAGAUGCAACUAUU